GUUUUUUCCCCCCGGAAUUCCGGAAUUGCGUGGUGGGGGUGGAGGUGGACCGCGAGUCCGCGACCGCCUCUCUCUCCCCGGCCUAUCCGCUCCGUCCUCCACACUUCUUCCUUCUCUCCCUCCCCACCGUCCGAGCCUGCUAUAAAUUCCCCGCCCCCUCCCGUCUCCUCUCCACACAUCCGGUCCAAUCCAAUCCAAUCCAGUCCCCCUCUGAUCUCACCGAGAAAUCGACGCGAAGGCUCUCUCCCCGUCCUCAAGAUGCAGAUCUUUGUGAAGACCCUCACCGGCAAGACCAUCACCCUUGAGGUCGAGUCCUCGGACACCAUUGACAACGUCAAGGCUAAGAUCCAGGACAAGGAGGGCAUCCCUCCGGACCAGCAGCGUCUCAUCUUCGCUGGCAAGCAGCUCGAGGAUGGCCGCACCCUGGCUGACUACAACAUCCAGAAGGAGUCCACCCUCCAUCUGGUGCUCAGGCUCAGGGGUGGCAUGCAGAUCUUUGUCAAGACCCUCACGGGCAAGACCAUCACCCUUGAGGUCGAGUCCUCUGACACCAUCGACAAUGUCAAGGCUAAGAUCCAGGACAAGGAGGGCAUUCCUCCGGACCAGCAGCGCCUCAUCUUCGCUGGCAAGCAGCUCGAGGAUGGCCGCACCCUUGCUGACUACAAUAUCCAGAAGGAGUCCACCCUCCACCUGGUGCUCAGGCUCCGUGGUGGCAUGCAGAUUUUUGUGAAGACCCUCACCGGCAAGACCAUCACACUUGAGGUUGAGUCCUCGGACACAAUUGACAACGUGAAGGCUAAGAUCCAGGACAAGGAGGGCAUCCCUCCGGACCAGCAGCGUCUCAUCUUUGCUGGCAAGCAGCUCGAGGAUGGCCGCACCCUGGCUGACUACAACAUCCAGAAGGAGUCCACCCUCCAUCUGGUGCUCAGGCUCAGGGGUGGCAUGCAGAUCUUUGUGAAGACCCUGACCGGCAAGACCAUCACCCUGGAGGUUGAGUCCUCUGACACCAUCGACAACGUGAAGGCAAAGAUUCAGGACAAGGAGGGCAUUCCCCCGGACCAGCAGCGCCUGAUCUUUGCUGGCAAGCAGCUUGAGGAUGGCCGCACCCUGGCGGACUAUAACAUCCAGAAGGAGUCCACCCUUCACUUGGUGCUCCGUCUCCGUGGUGGCCAGUAAGUACCUGGCAAUGGAGCGGCUUCUGUGCGGGUUCACAGGUCUUGUGUCUUCGGUAUGGCCUCCAAUGGUGCCUGUGUCUGUUGUCCUGGUCGUUUCUUUGUUUCUACCGUACUGUGAUGCAUCGUUAUGUUCAGUUGUAUUUGAAAACUAAAGCUGUUGUGAAGCAGCUUUGGUGAACUUGAUAAAUAAGUGAGGCCUGAAUUGUGUCUGCA